AUGCGUCUGAACACAGCUAGCCUCACGGCAUUGGGAGCUCUGCUGCUCCCAAGUGUCUCGGCGCAAGCCAAUGGCACGUCGGGUCCGGAUAAGAAUGGCAUGUACUGGAUCUACAGCGAGGGUCUCUCGGCCGCCUUCAUCCCCUACGGCGCCUCCAUCGCGAAGCUCUUGAUCAACGAUCAGUACGGCAUCCAGAGAGACAUCGUGGGUGGUUUCGACAAUGCAAGCUACUACGAGAUUGACGGCCAACAUCCUCACUUUGGUGGUGUUCCCGGACGAUACGCGAAUCGUAUCCAGAACAGCACCUUCGUCAUUGACGGGGAGACCUACCACAUCGACCCCAACGAGAACCCCACCCCCGAGGCUCCCAAUGGCGCCGACACUUUGCAUGGCGGCCCCGAUGGCUGGGACCACAGAAACUUCACCAUCGUCUCGCACACCAACGACAGCAUCACCUUCUCCAUCGUCGACCCUGAUGACAAGGAGGGAUUUCCUGGAGAGGUCAUCUCCUACAUCACCUACACUCUGACCGGGUGGACCUGGGACUUCAAGAUGGUCGCCCUCGCUACGACAAAGAAGACACCUAUCAUGCUCAGCAGUCACACCUACUGGAACUUGGAUGGCUUCGCCAACAACGAGACCCAGACUGCCCUGAACCACACGUUCUACCUGCCGUACAGCGGCCAGCGCGUCGGUGUCGACAACAUUCUGAUCCCCACCGGCGAUAUCCUAGCCAACAAGGAAGGAUCCGUCAAUGACUUCUGGAGCGCGCCGAAGCAGAUCGGCGCAUCCCUUGGGGAUCCGGAAGCCCUUGGCAAUUGUGGUUUCAACUGCACAGGUUACGACACAUGCUGGAUCGUCAACCGUGACCAAUUGGGCCCCUACGACUGGCGCGACGGAGGCGGCUUCGUCGCCCGCCUGCAGUCUGCGUGGUCGGGCAUCCAGGUCGACAUCUACUCGGACCAGGACGCCUUCCAGAUGUACUCGUGCGACGGGCAGAACGGCACGCUGACGCUCAAGUCGGACCAGGGCCUCCACGACAACGCCGACUUCCCCCGGACCAUCCCCCAGUACGGCUGCCUGGUGAUGGAGGUCGAGGACUGGAUCGACGCCAUCAACCACCCCGAGUGGCAGCGCGAGAGCAAGCAGAUCUACGCGCCCGGCGGCGACCCCUACGUCCUGCAGGCUAGCUACCGCUUCAGCAUCAACUCCACUGCGACGCCUUAG